UGCGAGACGUGUGCGUGCUCUGUGCUUGCCCACCCGGCAGCGCACUAGUGGAAACAGCAGAGCCCCGCAGUAGUGGUUGUUGCCGCGCACGGUGGGUGCGAUGGCGACUGACACAGCACCGCCGCAGGAUGCUACGAAGCGACUGCAGACCAAGAAGCAAACCCUCGACGAUGCGUACGCGCCGCCGGCCAACUACCUGGAGAUCGACGUCGGCAACCCGAUGACGCAUGGCGUCGCAAGAAAGCGGUACACCGACUACGAGGUCCGCAUGAGGACCAACCUUCCUGUUUUCAAGAACAAGGAAUCGACCGUGCGGCGACGCUACAGCGACUUCGAGUGGCUAAGGAGCGAGCUGGAGCGCGACAGCAAGAUCGUCGUACCCCCGCUACCGGGCAAAGCGUGGAAACGGCAGCUUCCCUUUCGGAGCGACGAAGGUAUCUUCGAUGAGGAGUUUAUUGAAGAGCGCAAGAAGGGGCUCGAGCUGUUCAUCAACAAGGUUGCUGGACAUCCAUUAGCCCAGAAUGAGCGCUGCCUGCACAUGUUUCUGCAGGAACCAGUGAUUGACCGCAACUACGUCCCCGGAAAGAUUCGCAACACGUGAGGUUGAUUGAUAAGACUGUUUGACGUGUCUUUAUAAAUAUAUAUAUAUAUAUAUACGAGUAUAUGUAUGUUAUGUAAUAAAGCUGGCCUUUUUCUCUUUGA